AUGCCUUCGCGUUUAUCAACUCCUGUCCUGACCGUGGACGCUGCGAAAAUUCACAAGGUUGAUACGGCUAAUGCACAGAGUCUCCAUGGCAUGUGGAUGGUAUUUUCCAAAUGUGCCGAUUACAUGGAAGAAGGUCGUCGGUUGGAGAAUUUGAGUUGGAGACUUUGGACACGUGAGACAUUUUGUGUGGAACCCGAUAACUCCAGCAAUACAUCUGUUUUGCCACUCCUUCGAUCAGAGGCUGGUGACUUGCCAGAACUCUCCGCCAGUGUUGAAUCUGCGGCAUCAGAACAGGCUGAAAGGAUUGAAACUCAUCUUCAGCGUGCUAAAUGUGAAUUGAAGCCUACCGUUGUCCGCGAAGACUCGUUCUCCCAGUUAGGUCGUGGGAAGGAGAAGCACAUUACGUCACUCGGCUUGGAGCGGAUGGUGCUUAGCAUUAAAGAAAAGAAAGAUCUCGAGCCUCUUGCUUCAGCAAUGACCACAGUCGCCCCUCCAGUGGUUGACAUCGCAUCGCGACCAGCAACGCCAACACCCACUCCUCCAUCCGAACAUACUGUUACCCGCAUUCCAUCGUUUCCAUCUUUCAAUCAACAGGCUUUGCAGUCUACGGAGUCGUGCUCGACGACUGCGCCCGAAGGUAACGAGAGCGAUAGUGAGAACAUCAAUGCUUCCGACACCAGCGUUUCUUCCUCUGGCAUGCUUGCCUCUCGGCCCGGUCUUGUUAAAUCGCCGAGUAUUGUGCGUGGGUUUUCUCCUUCGCUCAUUUCCUCUUCAUAUCGGUCGCAGCCUAAGCUGUCAGCCGACCCUGAACCGGCACAGCCACCAGCCCAGCUGAAACCAACGCCGUUCAAGCGGAAGGGUGGCAUGUUCACCCUUGGUGGUUCUUCUGGUGACGAUGAUGAGAGUUCGUUUGAGGAUCGGAUAUCGAUACAGAAGCCGCAUCGCAGUUCUCUCUCUAAUGAAUUAGGGAAAUCGGCCACCAGCAACCCCAGUCCUUCAAGGAAGGUGACUUCAUUCAAGGAUCAAGUCAAGAUCAUUAAGCCGAUCAGCGAGCGAUCAUACGAAAAUGAUGAAGAUGCCAUCGAGACUGAGGACGAGGUUUCUGAGAGUGCGAUUGAGGAUGAUGAGGAUUCCGACUGGGAAGACUCUGUGACUGAGAGUGGAAGGUCCAGUGUCGAAGAAAGGGAACUCUUCCAGCGGGUUGACUCCCGACCGAACCUGGUCUCGCGUCCCUCCCUUCUUACAAUGAUGAUGCACCAGCCUGCCAAGAUGCAGGGGCCUACGUCUCGGUCCAGUCCAGCCCUCCAGCGUUCGCGCUUAACAUCACCUAAUGGGCCAUCCAUACCCGCUUCGCCGCCCGAAGAUGAUGAGGAGAGUCUAACAAUGCGUGGUCCGGACGUUCCGCGCUCUAAGCCGAUAAUUGUGAAGCCCACAUCGCACUCGGUCGCUCACUCGCCUCGGACUACUCGCAGAAACAUGCUUGCUACCGAAUUAACAGAAUCACUCCGGCGCCACUUGCUUUGGGAACGACAGCAGAAGAGUGCGACCGCAAAUGCGUUCUUGAAGCGCCGGCAUACAACUCAUGACAUGGCGAAUCUUCAGGAGUAUCCUGAGCCAAAGGGGCCUCAAAAGGGAAAAACACCUCAGCAAACCGUUCCCCCUUCCACAAAUCGCAAUCCUGCAAGUUCAGCCAUUGACAAAGAUGUCGCGAAGAAUGGUUCAUGGAACCAUUAUACAGACUUUGGACCGUGGGAAUACCACGUCAAGGGAUGGUAG